CAGGAUAAAUUUUGUGAUGUAACGUCGAAGGCUGGACCUGUCUCUUCUACCUCUACAACUGUCUCAGCAAAACACCUCCGAAGCUCUCAUAUGUUUGCAGGUUACUGUGUUUUAAGAGGCUUACCCUUGCACAAUCAUUAUUAGACAAAACUGAUUCAUGAGUGACUCCCAAGUGAUUUUGAGUAUAUUGAAUGGUUGACGUGAUCUAGAGUUCCCCGUCCAUGUCGUUGGUGAGGGUAUGGGGUGUAUUUCCUCGUAAAUAUACACGUAGUUCGAUGUUUUUCCCCAGGUAUGCAGUCCUUCCCGCCUGGCGAGGUCGGGUCCCACAAAGUUUGAGUGUGGUGGCGUGGGCCGCGCGUCGCUGCUCUCAUACGCUUGGUUCUCUCACUCAGUUGCCAGCGAGGCUUUAGGGGGUGAGGGGCUGCUUGCUCGUGCCGGGUCGAGGUGGAAACUGAAUAUAUAGUGUGUGGGCCGGGUAGUGAGAUAAUACACGUUUGGAUGAGUGGUGGGGUGCUGCUACAGUGCCGGUGAAGUGCAUUGCGUGUGAGAUCAGUGCCUGGCAGAGUGGAUUUACACCUCAGCUCAGCAUCGGGGGAGUGCUCGCCUCGGCGUCGCUGCUGGGUGCGUCGGCUGCUGUGGUGUGGGAGGGGAGUGGAGCGCGUCCUCUCCGUGCUCUUCCCUGACGGACUCGCCGCCACCCCACCCAGAAGACCUCGACGACUGCUGUCCCGGGCCCGGCACUCCACCUGGCCCCCGUCCCGCACUCCCUCACACGCCUUCGGCUGGGGCCCCACACACCACGCCCCCGCCGCCUGCCGCCUGUCAUGACGCCCCGGUGACUUGCAUGGCGCCCAAUGAUGGCUCGGGCGUGCGGGUGGGGCGUAAGGGUGGUCACGAGGGGGACCAGCUGAUGGGCAGGUUUGGCCCGGGGGGACAGGUGGGCCAUACACCUCAUAAGGACCGGCCGCCGGACACGGACACCCUGCCCGUACGGACCACACGGCGUACGGCCCCACUGGAGGCCGCACAUCGCCGUCGAAGAGUGCCGGUGGAGCAUGUGCGAAAGCGGCCAGGGGAGGAGGUCAGCAUGGGUGGCGAGAGGCGCACCAAGUUACCCAAGGCGUCGUCGCCUCCGUCACCAGUGAACGGUGUGACGCACCUCAAUGGCUGUGAGAAUGUCGUUAUGAACGGCGACGCGAGUGCCUGGCUGCACCGACUCACAGGGCUGGCAGGGGCGGGGGAGAAGUGCCCCCGCCCCAACAACCACCACCAUAGAAACAAUGGGGUGACCAAAGAUGCCUUGCAAAACGGCGUCGGUCACCUGCUGGGUAAAAAUGGGAUAAAAUGCUUUACUGGACCCGUGAAUGGCAGAAAGAAUGGGGUCGUGCGGCAGGAUCGGUUGAACGGCGUGCGGCUGCGACGGGUGAGCGGCGAGGAACACCGACGGAAGGCCGAUCAUCUCACCAAUAACAACACUGAGCCUUCACCGCCCUCGCUACCGCCCUCACCCGUCAGGCUCAUCCAGGGGGACACGCUGCCCCAGACCCGCGCCCACACCCAUGCCCCCGCCGCAGGCAAACGUGCUACUCAGGGAUUCCCUCACUCAACUCAGGGCUUAACUUUGAGCUGUGAUGUGGGCCUCACGCCGCCCACCCCCACCCCCUGGGCCGCCCACCAGCCCCCUCUGUCUCCUACGUCGGCCAGGUGCUCGGCCAAGUCCUCCCCGCCGCCUGCGCACACGAUCCCCGCCAGCAGCAAGAGCCGCAGCAGCUCCAGCAGCUCCGGUGCAGGUUCCUCCGCCCCCAGUUCCGGCACCUCCACGCCCACUCCCCCAUGCACUGUGCGCUUUCCCCCACCAGAGAAGAAGGAGGCGAGUGACGUGUGUCGCUGGCGGGACUGCAACGUGACCCUUGACCCCACCACCUCCCUCCUGGAACACAUUCAGGCUGUGCAUGUAGAGGGCCAGUUGGAAGCUGAGAGCUUUCGUUGUCUGUGGGUCGGCUGCAAGGUGUACGAGAAAGCCUCCUGCUCUGUGUCAUGGCUCGAACGCCAUGUCCUUGCCCAUGGAGGAAACAAACCAUUCAAGUGCAUCGUCGAAGGCUGUGGUCAGAGAUUUACUUCUCAAAUGGCACUGGGACGGCACGUCAAUCACCAUUUCAGCACAGCAGCUGCUGCCCCUGCCCCCCGCCCCCCCACCCAGCCCUCCCCCACCAAGCUUAUACGCAAGAAUGGACGCAAGUGUCGUUAUAGGAAAAAGCCAUGGUCAGAUUCAAGAGCAAAGCCACCAGUCCCUGCCCGGAUGUUUGACAUGUUUGAUGUUGGAGUGAUGGAACGGUUGCAGUGGCGGCUUAUGUGUGCCACUCAGGUGCAGAACGGAGGCACUGCCAUCACCUCUGCCCAGACCUUCACUUUGCGGCCACAGGUCCUUGCAAGACGCGCAUGUAACAAAGAUUCUGCUGAAGUCUUAGUAAGAUGGUCUCCACCAGGAAUACUUGCUGAUGAGUGGAUUCCCAUUGGUCAACUGGAACCGACCCGGCAGGUGCCCCUCGAGCAGCUGUCCCCUGAGGCCAAGCAAGUCGUCUCUCAGCUGUGUUAUCCCAGCUUAUCAUGGCCUCGUAAACACAAACGCAAAGGCUCUUCUUGUCCUAAAUCUUUAUCUUUAGAGUUAACUAAAGCUGUGUGAUCUUAGGGAAAAUUAUUUUUAAAGACAAAGUUAGGUCUUGAUCUCAUUCCAUUACGGAGUAACACAGUGUGUGUAUGUGAUGUGAGCAUUCCUCUAUGACUGUGGUGGAGGGAGACCUCACCACAUUGGGAGCUCAGAAUGUUGAACUUAUGGAUUAUAUGGACCAAAUACUGGACCAAAAAUGAUAUUCUGUGCAAACUAAGGGGAAAUAUUUGUGUCUGUGUGUACAGUCUGCUUUGUAUAUUUGUAAAUAGCGUGAGAGUUGAACAACCAGCAUAGUUUGUCCACUGCCAGGAGCUCUUAAUACUAUUACUUUGUGUAAAAGGGUCAUGUGACCAACAUUAGGAUAUACCUAAUCCUAGUGAUCCAGAACUGCUGUCUCGUACAGAUAUUUGGCAACUAGAGUGACAUGAAAAUUAUAAGAAAAUAUAAUUGUUGUUAGUUAAUUAAAAUUGUAUUUAUAUUAAUUAUCUGAUUGUAAAGAUUAGUAGUUAUUAUAGUGUCUUAUAGACUGAUUACUAACAGUAGCAUAACUGCCAUAUAUCUGGGAGGUGGCAUUGUAAUGGUGACAUUUGGCCACUCAGAAACUACCACUGCCAGACAUCAGGAACAUCUCGGCCAGACCAAUCCACACACAACAAAACGGGUGCCCAUUAUGUAUAAUUGUUCGUCUUGUGUGUCUGCAAAUAUGUAUCUUUUGUUGCAUCUCUUUUUGUCCUCAUUGACUUAUAAGAGAUCUGAUUUUAUUCCCUAGGUUAAUUUUAUGUGUGUGUGUUUUUGUAUUUUGUUAUUUAUAGGUCCUUAUAGCUUUGGACUACUGUGGGGUCUGGCUCAAGAUAGUUCCUAGUAUGCCAACACUGCCCAUUAUAUGAUAAGACUAUUACUUUACUGUUUUAUAAUGUUCUUAUUUUCAUUCAAAUGUGUAUUGAUCAUUCUCCUCACUAGGUUGUUUUAAUCAUGAGAGAAAUAUCUUUUAUUUCAUAACUGCCAAUGCAAAAGUUUUUAGACCAUAAAGAAAUGUAAUUCUGAACCCACUUCUAACAACUUUCUUUGUUUAAUCGAUAUUAGUGAUAUUGAAUUAAUGGCUUGUACUUCAGUUAUCUACUACCUUUUAGUUUAUUUACUGCUGUAAAAGAGAGAAGGUGAAUCUUCCUACCUCCUCUGCCCAAUAUGUGGUGCCAUAUAUUUACUAAAACAACCUACCCAUGCCAAGAUGACAAUAUCCCUCCUCACCUUUCAACAAACUUCAGAUACGCUCAAUGUGAUCUCUGUAGGACAUAGGGCUGUUUACUCCUCUUUGAGUGGAUUUGGUAGAAGAUAGCUGACUGCCAUCAUGAAAGGUAUGACACUCAUCUUAUAUGGAUCAGGUGUCAUUUUUUUCUGAAGUCAAGGGACUUUUAAUAUGCCAUGCAGAAAUUCUUCUGAACAUCUUUAGGAGGAAUUAUUUUCUAAGAUGACAGAAUGUACUGGCAUCUGUUUUCUUCUACUGCGUCAUACAAAAAUUGUAGCGAAUUGGCCUUUUGCUAAGUCGCUUUGUCAUACUAGUCACUUGGGAUUGUGUGUUACAAAUGCUUUGCAUGAGUUUGAACCCAAAAGUUUUUUUUGUUUUUUUUUUUUUUUUUUUUUUUAGAUAUUCAAUGCAUCAUAUGAAACGGAAAUUUUAUUGACAUUCAUGUUUUGAUGGAUUUUUUCUCAGGUUUUUGUGAUAUAUAUACCUCAGCUUUGAUAUGCUUUUGCCUCAUGGCAAUAAAUGGGCAUUUGUGUUGCAAGGAUCAAAACCAGUGGAAUCUAAUUGUAUCAGUGACAAUGAGUCCGUUUUGAAUAUGUUUUUGUAUAUUUUUUUUUCUCUAAUCAGUAUUCAAUUUCUCCUCAAACUCAUGAAUUAACAACAACAAAAAAAGUAAAAAUAAUUGAAUCAUGCAUUGCUGCAGACACACAGCCCAACCCUCUCCCAGCCUCCCCACCUCCACCCACCAGCCCUCCAGCCUCUGUGGCACCUCAGCCUCAAUUUGAAUGGAAGCACAUUGCUUCCUGAUCAUAAUUAGUUUCUGUAAAUGUACUAACUGAGUAGCAUUGCCAGUCAUAUAAACUGGAUGAGUGGUAUAAUGCAUUUAUAAUAAUUAAAAGAAAAGUAUUGUAUGUAUUAGUGGAAAACUACACUGGUGCACCACAAAUAUGAGUAAAAUAUUUAUAUACUCGGAAAUUCUGUGUUUAUGUUCGAGAAGGUAAAAUAUUUUUCACUACCAUGUAUUUUGGGUGUUUUAGCUGCUGUAAUUAAGAAUUCUUUAAAGAUAUAAAGCAUUUUGCACCAUUAUUUUAAAAGUCCAGAACUUAGCAUGUUGUGUUCUUGAUACUUAUUUAACAUUCUAAGCAAAAACUUCAAUUUUUAUAAUGAUUUAAAUUAUGGUGCUGUUUAAUGUGUUAGGUUAUAAAAAUCUGACAUUUAGUGUGCGUUUGGUGUACAUCAUAUUAAGUUUUAUUUGUUGUAUUGAUCAUCAGUAUUUAUAGUUGUUAAUUUUAUUAUUUUAGUUUAAAGAAUAUGCAAUCAGUUGUUUGUCAUAAAAAAAUAGGGAACAUUGUAAUUUUAUUUUACAUGAUUUCCCUUUUUCUAAAGAUCCAUGAGUUCUUAAUGACAGAAAAGUGAUAUGGCACACAUUGAAAAUAUGAAAAUGUUGGAAAGUUGCUAAAAACAUUUUUUUUAAACUCACCAUGAGGUUUUAUGCUCACCAGAAAGUAUGGUUACUUUUUACAAAUCAUGAAAAUAUGAAAUCUUGAUGAUUUAUUUUUUUAUAUUAUUUAACUGCAAUUGUUUUAUGUGAUACUGAGGGCUUCCUCCUGUGUGUGACCUUUGAAAUAUUUGGAUGAACAGGGAUCAUGAAUAUUGUUGUAAUUUUUAUUUCCCCAACUAAAACUUAAUUUAAUGUCAUCAUCAGGGUGCAAGUAGAUCUGUUGCCUAAUUUCUCUCUCCCUCAAAAUUCUUGAUAUUUCUGUACCACCCCUGCAUCAUGGCAUCUCUCACCUGAAAAGACUGAUACUGACAUAGACAUGCAUAUAGAAUUUAAACUGCCUCUGCAUUUUUAAGAGAGACAUUAAACACAGCCUAAUAACCUGAAUAUAUAAAUAAAUUUUGGACAGUGGAAAUGGUUAAAAAAUCUGACUACUCAUGUGAUAAGGGGAAACUCUUUGGGCAUAGAGCUGAAUGGAUUAAAAAUGUUAUUCCAUUGAUAUAUAGAAAGUAUUGAAUUAUUAGGUUCAAAGUAGUAUGCACCACACUUAUUACUUAUAAGGGACUGACCAUGUUACUCUGCUUGGACCAGACCCUUAUUUUUUUAUUAUGUGCAGCAUACAAUAUUCUCAGUACAGCAGUUAAUGGUACUGUGUUUGGAAAAAAAAUCCAUUGAUAUUUAAGUUGAUAAAGGAAUCAAAUGUCCAUAGAAUGGGGAUUCUUCAUUUCCACUAGGCCAAAACUUUCAUGUUUCUUGAAACUACUUACAAUGUAAAUAUGAUGAAAAACAAAGGUCAUCAUCUUAGGAAUUAUAAAAUGUCUUGCAUCAAGUAUUUCAUCUUUAGAUGUGUAGAUGACAACUUACUUUAUGCAGUAAUUUGGCUUUGAUUUCCAUCUUGAUCAUCCCCUCCCCUAGUCAUUCUGUUUCUCCCAGAGCACAUGACUUACCUUGUCACACAUCACCAUUGAAAGUUCUAAAUAUGCUAAUCUGAAGAAAAAAAAUGGAGGCUGCAAGUGAUUUACCAUUUAAUUAUGAGAAUGCUGAGUAAAAUUAGGAAGAGUUUUGAGAAAAAAUGUGGAAGAGAUAGCUUUGUUAUUGGGAAUAUUUUAGUAUAAUCAUAAAAGAGAGAAAAUGAAAGACAAGAUAUAGUAUGGUCAUUAGGUGUAGAAAUAGCAGGAUAAUAAGUAUGAUAAAGAAAAUUGAAGAACACUGGUUUUUCCAUCUCAGUGCCUCAACGACAGUUAUAAAAUGAGGCAUAACAGGUGAACUUAUGGCGAGUGGAAAUGAGAUUACUUGCUUAGGAGGAGCAUAUGAAAUAGUGAGAGGAUGGUGAAACCAAUAGCUCUUUGUACAGGUGCACAAUCUAUCCUCGUACUUUGCAAAUUUAUAGGUUGUGAACUCCAUUGUGAAAAAUAUUAAAUGUGUACAUUGAAAAAUACAAUGACUGCACACAACUUUUUUUUAUAUAAAUCAGCAGUUGCUAAGUGGUGAUGCACACUGCUUGUGAGGCAGAGGCAUGGUUUGCAGUUGAUAAUAGGUCUAACCCACAGGUAUGCCAUUCAAACUUGUGACAGGUGAACAAAACUCAAGUGUUCUUCAAUCAUUCUUAUCAUACUUAUCCUGCUAUUUCUAUUCCUAAUGACCAUACUAUAUCUUGUCUUUCAUUUUCUCUCUUUUAUGAUUAUACUAAAAUAUUCCCAGUAGCAAAGCUAUGCAGAAUCAAACUUUUAGUAAGACAUACCCGCUAUAUGCGCCCUGUCUCUCCCAUGGUUGGUAUCAUGUUAAGCUUCGUUUACUUGCCAAAAUCAACUGUUUCUAGCACAUGUAAAGAUGAGAUGACAAGUGGUGGUGGGUAAGAUUUUUCCAUUAACAUAACCGGCUAACAGCAGCUCAGUUAUAUGAAGCCGAUUCAGUGGCUUAUAACAGCCUAACACAAUAUAUAGUUACAAUAAUUUCAUUGUAAUUGAUCUCAUUAUUUUCUUUUUCAGUACAUUUUUAAUGUUAAAUGUAGAGUUUAUUCCAGACCUGUCAUAUCAAGUUUCUUAAGUGAUUGAUGCAUUUUUUUCUCUCAAGCUUAUUUUUCUGGCUGGACAUAUAUACAUGUGUGUGUGUAUUAUGUAACUGAAAAUUAAUUCUCUCUCUCUCUCUCUCUCUCUCUGAUUUUUAAGAAAGGAGACAAAAAAAUAUCAGGUAACUACCGACCCAUUAGUCUAACUUCAAUUGUAGGUAAGCUACUCGAGAGCAUAAUUAGAGACAAAAUUGUGAGUUACCUCGAAAGCCACUCAUUAAUUGGAGAUUCACAACAUGGCUUCCGUAACAAAAGAUCCUGCCUGUCAAACCUACUGACCUUUUAUAACGAUCUCUUCUCAAUUUAUGACGUAACCAAAUCAGUGGACGUAGUCUAUCUUGAUUUCCAGAAAGCGUUUGAUAAAGUCCCACAUCAUAAAUUACUUUAUAAAUUAAAGCAAAUAGGUAUUGACGGUCAAGUAAACCAAUGGAUCGCGAAUUGGUUGAGCAACAGACAACAAAGAGUAGUGAUUGACGGAUUUAACUCAGAGUGGGCGCUGGUCACUAGUGGCGUCCCUCAGGGCUCGGUUCUUGGCCCAGUGCUCUUCAUUAUUUACAUCAACGACGUGGAUGUUGGACUCAAUAAUCGCAUUAGUAAAUUUGCAGACGACACAAAGAUUGGUAACUCCGUUCUCACUGACGAAGACAGGCAAAGCCUCCAAGAGGAUCUGCACAAAAUUUCAGCUUGGUCGGAUAAAUGGGAGAUGCCCUUUAACGUAGACAAGUGCCAGGUCCUUCAAGUUGGAACAAAAAAUAAGAAGUUCGAUUACGAAAUACUCGGCGUUAACCCUCUGAGUACCGAUGACGAUACGGUAUCGUCACCACUGGAUGUUACCGCCAGUACGGGUGACGAUACCACAUCGUCACUGAGUUACCCUUACACUCGGUCUUAUUUCGCGAAAAGUUUUGGUUCCCCGAAGACCAGCCGGGUAUCACGUGAUAGCUAGAGAGUUGGGCUAGCCUCUCCCAGGUUCUCGUGAUCCUAUGGGAUACGCCACAUAGUGAAAACAAAGGAAAAGUUCAGGACAGCUUACCACCCUCUGCCAAAAACAAAAUGUUGCUUCCCAUACGGGUGACGAUACCGUAUCGUCAUUUUAUAAUUUUCAAAACCGGUCUUAUUUCUCGAAAUAUAAUUGUUCCAUGAUGCACUGAGUGUAAAAAGUGUGGAACUACAAAACCGUGCUGAAACGGAGUGGCGGGCACAGCCACAUGAACUCGCUCUCGGCUGAGCGGGGCUGGACGGGUGGGGCGGGGCUGUGGGUGAGAUGAAGGGGGUACACUUCUAAGCUACGGAAAGGGGAAUGACAACAUUUUUUAUGGUUUUGGGAUAGAUUCGAGUGUUUUGAAAGAAAAAAAAAAAUUUGCACAUAGUGCGGUAUGGGGUGUACUAGUUUUCUCGCCAUAGCGCGGUACUCAGAGGGUUAAACUCACAAGCGUUCAAUGUGUUAAGGACCUGGGGAUUAAAAUCGCGUCAAACCUCAAAUUCUCACAUCAAUGCAUCGAUGCAGCAAAUAAAGCGAACAGAAUGUUGGGCUUCAUUAAAAGAAACUUUUUAUUCAAGAAUAAAGAUGUAAUACUUCCGCUCUACAAUAGCUUAGUCAGACCCCACUUGGAAUAUGCGGUACAGUUUUGGUCUCCCCACCAUGCAAAGGACAUUGCUAAACUAGAAGGUGUUCAGCGUCGAGCAACAAAAAUGAUCCCUUCCUUGCGCAACAAAUCCUACGAAGAAAGGCUUUCCACCCUUAACAUGUUCUCUCUUGAGAAACGUCGCCUCCGAGGAAAACUGAUCAAAUGUUUUAAAAUACUUAAUGGUUUCACGAAUGUAGACAGAACAAAAUUGUUUAUGAUCGAUGACACUUUGCGAACUAGGAACAAUGGCACAAAACUCAAAUGUAGACAAGUAAAUUCAGACUGCACCAAAUUUUUCUUCACCAACGUUGUAGUGCGAGAAUGGAAUAAGCUCCCACCAUCAGUGGUCCAGUGUAACACGAUUGACUCCUUUAAAAACAAGCUCGACCGUCACUUCCUUCAACUUAAUAUUAACUAGAGUAGAAAAGCAACGUUUUGGAGCCAUCUGAUUAAUGUAAAAUCACUUAGGUUUAAGGACAGACCACCUAGUCUGGACCAUGGGGUCUGUGUGGUCUGAUUUUCUAUGUAAAUCUAUGUAAAUCUCUCUCUCUCUCUCUCUCUCUCUCUCUCUCUCUCUCUCUCUCUCUCUCUCUCUCUCUCUCUCUCUCUCCAGAUUAAAACAACCCUGCCCUACAGUACUUUAUUAUUCAACUAUUUUGGACAUACCUUUACAAUGGGGAAACAUGAUUUGCUUUAAUUCAUCUAAUUUCACAUCCAAACAGGAAAAUCAAAAUUCUUCAACACUGAUUGGAUACUUAAAUAGAGAAAAAUAAUUCCAUCAGUAUAAUAUCAGAUGUGCUGUACUGUGAACUCUGAAACCCUAAAAUGUACUAACCCAUUCAACUGGAUAACACAUAAUUAGACUUGGAAAUAAGGUCAAAUAAAUCUGCAAUGCAGCAUAAAACAUACUCAUAAGUGUAUGGUGCACCAGUGUAAAUUUUCAGUGACAUUCAUACCCAUUUAGUUUUAGUACACCAAAAAAGAAAAUCACUUUUUUGUAGUUCUAAUAAGAAAAGAACUAUGUUAUAAAAGGUUAUCAUAUUAAUGAUACUAGGAAAAAUAUUUCAACAAAAAGCCAUUGGCUGAGUGUGUUUGUGUGUGUGUGUGUGUGUGUGUGUGUGGUCUGUGUUCCAGGUACAUCCAUAGUAUCUACUCUGAGUUAUCCUAGAGGUACAUUGUUAGGAAAGUCAGCUGCAGAUAAUGGUUGACUAUAUGCAAAAUGAAUAUUUGUUAACCUGUUGUUUUUUAGAAUUUUUAGCCAUUUCUUCAGUGAUUUAUUAAUAUUUAUUUACUUCUGCAUCCACUUGCCUUCAGUACCAUCAGACUGUAUUCAGAAGAUUAAAUUCUUGUUAACAGUCAAGGGAACUCAGUACUUGAUGCAUUUAUGGUUGUAAAAGUAAUAUCUGUAUGAAUGUAAAAAUGGUUAAGAAUGCGUUAGGUUUUAGAUACAUAUAUGACUUCUGAAUGCAUCCAUGUCAUGUCUGUUGGCUAUUGACCACUUUAUACAAGUGAUGUAUUGAUUUUUUGUACUUUUCUACAAUAGAUACCCAUCCCAUGUGUCCAUAGCACAAUAAAAAAAGGCAGUAAUUGAAAUUUACAUUGUCACCACAGUUUGAGGCCCUGGUGUUCCCUUCAUCUGGCUCAGGCCAUUGGUGGCCUCAGAUUGUUGAGGAAAACAUUAUAUAUGAGUUCUUCUGUUUAAAAUUACAACAUUUUCUGUUACGUUUACUUUGAUUCUCAUAGUAACAACAUGAUAGGCUGUGUUCUCAUCAUUGUGGCCAGGGAUUGACUAUGGGAUACUUCAUACAAAAUAUAUUUAUUAUCUAAGUACAUGGAUAUUUAUCAUAUUUAUAAUAUCACAGUUUGUACUGUAAUUUUUUUCAUUAAUUAUAAUGCCCAUUAAAUUAUGAAAACCAGCAUUUGACAUGCAAGUGAGUGGUGAAACAGGCAUUUGAGUAACUAUAAAUAUUGUACCCACUGUGGAGAUAAAUACCUUGCACACUGUUGGUAUGAAGAUCCUAUAAAUGAGCACUGAAUAACAAAUGGGCAUUGUUAGCAUGUAAAACUGCCACUGUGGAGUUUGUAUACACCUUAUCAGUGUAGGUAGUCACAGCAGAACAUGGUAUGCUUGGUGUAAUAAACUAGUGUUUUUUUUAUGUUUUUUAUGAGAUAUAUGUGAUAUUCAUAUAAAGAAGGAAAGAUUCAGUUUAUGUAAAGAAGUACUGAAGACAUCAGCAGUGCUUACUUGUUGAUUAGUGAAUAAUGUAAAGUUAAAAUUAUGUAGACUUGUCCUAUAUAUGGAAAACUAGAUAUAACUUUCAAUGUAAAAAAAAUUGGUUAGAUGAAAAAAAUCCCAAAUGCCCUCCUUAUGAUUUACAAAAUAGAGCCCUGGCCAAAAACAAGCAUAACCAGUGCCUUUCCUCAGCAGUAGGGAACAUAUCACAAGCUUCCUUGGUUUUGUCAAGUUUGGUAAAUUGAAGGUAUAUAAAUCUAAAGUUAUGAAAACUGUUGUCACCAACUAGGCAGCAGUGAAAGUACAGAAUUAGCACUAGAUAAUUACCUUUGGUGUACAAAUUUAAUUAUCUAGAUAAUUACAUCUGUUGGCCAUGCUUUUUUUGUAGAUUUUUAUGAAUCUAAGCAUGUGUGUAACAAUGCAAAGUAUCAUGCAGUGUUCAUGAUCAUUGCCUUGUAAUUCUCUUCAAGGUUUUACAUAAUACUGAAUUUGUAUUAAGUUAAAUCCAAAGGCCAAAAUGGCACUUAUGCAGAAACUUUAUCAGAACUCUUAUUAAACCUCCACAAUGAGGUCAGAGGGCCAUGUCAGGGGGCCAUUGGGUAAGAUGCCACCUUGGUCAUAUUAAAGAAAACUACAAUUUUGCAAGUUAAAUCAAAUCAAAGCUGCAUCAAGGGAGUUUUGUAUGUAAUGCAGCACAUUGUAUUAUCUAGCAACGAUUUCAGAGCAUCUAAGGGAAAAAGAAUCCAGAUGUCAUGAGAGGGGAUGUUUGAUACAUAGA